GUGGCCGCCGUGGGGAUGCGGGCGGUGGCGGCGCUGCUGGCGGCGGUGCUGGCCCUGGGGGCUGCCCUGCCCCGCCCGGGGCUGCUCCCGCACGGCCCGGCCCGCGGCGAUGCCCGGCUCCGGCCCGGGGACGACGAGAGCUCUCCCGGGGUGCUGCUCCGCCGCGCCCUGCGCCUCUAUGGCCGCGCCGCCCGCCGCCUCUACGUGGGGACCAACGGGGUCAUCUCCAGCCAGGAUUUCCCCAGGGAGACCCAGUACGUGGAUGACGAUUUCCCCACAGACUUCCCCGUCAUCGCCCCCUUCCUGGCCGACCUGGACACCUCCGGGGACAGAGGGAACAUCUACUACCGGCAGGAUGACUCCAGGGACGUGCUGGACCAGGCUGUGGGAUACAUCCAGGCCGGGUUUCCCCGCUCUGCUGCCACCUUCGUGCCCACCAAUGCCUUCAUUGCCACCUGGGAGGAGGUGGGCGCCUACCAGGAGCUCUCCCAGGACACCGAGCCCUCCAAGAAGCUCAACACCUUCCAGGCAGUCAUAGCCUACAACGAUGAGGACACCUACACCAUCUUCCUCUACCCCGAGGGUGGCCUCCAGUUCCUGGGGACACGACCCAAGGAGUCCUACAACGUCCAGCUGGAGCUGCCAGCCAGGGUGGGCUUCAGCUGGGGGGACAGCGAUGACCCCAAGAGGGACGGGCUCUUCCACAGCCUGGCCAGCAGCGAGCAGGCUCUGAGGAACCUGGAGAGGGAGAGCAACACGGGAAUCCCUGGCGUGUGGGUUUUCCACGUGGGCAGCACGGAGCACGUGGAGCCAGGGGGUGGCCAGGGAGCUGCUCCUGCUGUGCCUCAGAGCCCCCUUGAGCACCCCAACCCUGGCAUGGCCAGCUACCCCCACCCUCUCUCCAGCCACACACCCAUGGCCCAGCAUCCUAGCCACGGGUCCCACGGUGGCCCAGUGCUCCUGGGCUUUGUCCCUGGGAGGAGGGACACCCAGGAGCGGAGCCGCUGGCUGCAGCCCAGAGGGGACGGUGGCACCGGGCAGAGCUUCUCUGCCAACCCCUCCUCCUACAGCUCGGGCCAGCACGGCGUGGGCGUGGAGGAGGACGUGCAUUUCAACCCCGACGUGUUCACCUACAGCGCAGCCAGCAAGGAGACGUGUGCCCAGCACCACGGGAGCUGCUCCCCUCACGCCUUCUGCACCGACUACGCCGCCGGCUUCUGCUGCCACUGCCGGGCCACCUUCUACGGGAACGGGCGGCAGUGCCUGCCCGAAGGCGCCGUGCAUCGCCUCAACGGGAAGGUGAGCGGGAGCCUGAGGGUGGGACGGGCGUCCGUCCGCUUCCAGGACGUGGACCUGCACGCCUACAUCGUGGGCAGCGACGGCAGAGCCUACACGGCCAUCAGCGGCGUGCCCCAGCCCGCCGCCCGCGCCCUGCUGCCCCUGCUGCCCCUCGGGGGGCUCUUUGCCUGGCUCUUCGCCCUGGAGGAGCCUGGCUCUGAGAACGGCUUCAGCAUCACUGGCGCUGAAUUCACCCAGAGCCUGGAGGUGACGUUUUACCCCGGCGGGGAGACAGUCCAGGUCACUCAGACAGCCGAGGGCCUGGGGCCGGACAAUUAUUUAAGCCUCAGGACACACAUCCAGGGUGAGGUGCCAUUCCUGCCCGAGAACGUCACCGUCCACAUCACUCCCUACAAGGAGCUCUACUCCUACUCCAGCUCAGCCGUGACAUCCUCGGGCCAGCGGGAAUACGUGGUGGCCGCGGGCACCGCCAACCAGACCUUGUCCUACCGCCUGCGGCAGAACGUCACCUUCUCGGGGUGCCCGCACUCGCGGCUGCCGGCGCGUCAGCGGCUCUCGGUGGCGCGCGCCUUCGCCCUCUUCGACAGCCACGAGCACGUCCUGCGCUAUGCCCUGGCCGCCCGCAUCGGCCCGGCACGAGACGAUGCCGAGAAUCCCGGGGUGAGCCCGUGCCAUGAUGGCAGCCACACAUGCGAGGCACCGGCGCGCUGCCAGCCCGGCGUGGGCACCGAGUACGCGUGCGAGUGCCCGGCCGGGUACCGCGGAGAUGGACGGGGCUGCCGAGAUGUGGACGAGUGCACCGAGGGCCUGGGCCAGUGUGGGCCCUUCUCCGUGUGCCUGAACGCGCCGGGCAGUUACCGCUGCGAGUGCCGCGGCGGCUACCAGCCAGCGGGGGACGGGCAGGCGUGUGUGCCGCUGGCACCGCCGAGUGACCCCUGCGAGGACGGGCGGCACCCCUGCGCUCCGGGGGACCGGGCGCGGUGCCUGUCCCGCGGUGACGGCCGCGCCACCUGCGAGUGCCUCCCCGGCUACACCGGUGAUGGCAUCCACUGCUCGGACGUGGAUGAGUGUGCUGAAAGCCCGUGUCACCCGGCCGCCAUCUGCUACAACACCCCGGGCUCCUUCUCCUGUCGCUGCCGGCCCGGCUACGCGGGCGACGGCUUCCAGUGCACGUACGCGGUGGAGGGGAACCCGCAGCGCCUCACGCCCUGCCAGCACGAGCGGAUGUACCCGCGGGAGGUGCCACCCCUGGGUGACGGCCACGUGCCCCAAUGCGACGAGCAGGGCCGGUACCGGCCCCUGCAGUGCCACGGCAGCUCUGGGCACUGCUGGUGCGUGGAUGCUGCGGGGCAGGAGAUCGCUGGCACCCGGACAGCGCCGGGCACCACCCCCCCACGCUGCGGGAGCCCAGCAGAGUCCAUCCAGCAGCUGACGCCCUGCGAGCACGCACGGAUGUACCCGCGGGAGGUGCCACCAGGGCCGUCACCCGUGGGCGAUGGCCACGUGCCCCAGUGCGACGAGCAGGGCCGGUACCGGCCCCUGCAGUGCCACAGCAGCUCCGGGCACUGCUGGUGCGUGGACGCCGCCGGACAGGAGAUCGCUGGCACCCGGACAGCGCCGGGCACCACCCCACCCCGCUGCGGGAGCCCAGAGCCCACGGAGAGGCCCCCCAGCAUGUGCGAGCGCUGGCGGCAGAGUUUGCUGGAGCACUACGGGGGCAGCCCCCGCAGGGACCAGUACGUGCCACAGUGUGACCCCAGCGGGGACUUCACCCCGCUGCAGUGCCACGGCGACAGCGGCUACUGCUGGUGCGUGGAGCAGAGCGGCAGGGAGAUCCCGGGGACGCGCUCCGAGCCUGGCACCACCCCGCCCUGUCUGCCCAGCGUCGCCCCGCCCAGCGUCCGGCCCGAGCCCCGGCCUGACGUGUCCCCACCGGCCACGGGGACAUUCCUGCUCUACGCCCAGGGCCAGCAGAUUGGCUACCUGCCCCUGAACGGCACCCGGCUGCACAAGGAGGCGGCCAAGACCCUGCUCUCCCUGCAUGGCUCCAUCGUGGUGGGGAUUGACUAUGACUGCCGGGAGAGGAUGAUCUACUGGACUGACGUGGCCGGCCGGAGCAUCAGCCGGGCGGGCCUGGAGCCAGGCUCCGAGCCAGAGACCAUCAUCAGCUCAGCAGGCCUGAUCAGCCCCGAGGGCCUGGCCGUGGACCACCUGCGCCGGGCCAUGUUCUGGACGGACAGCGGGCUGGACAGGAUCGAGCGGGCGCGGCUGGACGGCUCCGAGCGCCGCGUGCUCUUCGACAGCGAGCUCGUCAACCCCCGCGCCAUCGCCGUGGACCCCGUCCGAGGCAACCUUUACUGGACGGACUGGAAUCGCGAAGCUCCCAAAAUCGAAACUUCCACUGUCAAUGGAGCCAACAGGAGGGUUCUGGUGCACACAGACAUUGGUUUGCCCAAUGGCCUGACUUUUGACCCCUUCUCCAAGCUGCUGUGCUGGGCAGAUGCAGGCACCAAGCACCUGGAAUGCACAUUCCCCGACGGCACCGGCCGGCGCCUCAUCCAGAGCAACCUCAACUACCCCUUCAGCAUCAUCAGCUACGCCAACCACUUCUACCACACAGACUGGAGACGGGAUGGGGUGAUAGCUGUAAAUAAAGAAACAGGCUCCUUCACUGAUGAGUAUCUCCCAGAGCAGCGAUCCCACCUCUAUGGAAUCACAGCAGUUUAUCCCUACUGCCCUGGAGCCAGGAAAUAGUAACUCCAUUUUCAAGGAAACGAGGAUCUUUGCACCCAGAGGAAUUUCAGACCCAGAGACCUGGCACUGCAUACAAGGGGGGAGAAGUCCCUCACCAAGGCCAAUGAAGUGCCCUGCUUUCCUGCAAAAAGAUUUUCAAGUAUUUUUUAUAGUUAUACCUCAAGACUUUACUACUGUAUUUUUGUACCAAGUGGAAAAUGCUGAGAUAUCACCAAAAAAAGUCCUGGGAAGCUCAAGCCAUGACUCGAACUCUUGCUCAUGCAAGAUUUAAAAUGUAGCUUUUUUUUUUUACUCCAAUGUUUUAUUUUAUUGGAAGAAGAAUGGAUUCAUUUUUCAUAGUUUUGACAAUCUGACCAAGAGGUCCUUUUCUCCAAAAAUAAGAAAUUAAGUGCCUAUGGGAAGCUGUGGAUGCAGUUAAUUACUGGGUCUAAUUAACAAACAGCCCUGAAGACAGAGACUGUGUGUGUGCUCCAAAAUCCUGCAGAACAGGGAUGGGAUGUGGCAAAGGCAUUGAAGAUUUUCCAGAGGAUGAUUCUGUGUUUUCACCACUGCCUCCAUGCAUGUCUUUUAGUAUUUAUAUUAGAAGAAUAUGCUAGAAUUGAUCUGUUCAUGCUUGUUGGGUCUUCCAAGUGCCUUCCUAGACCUACCCAGUGUAGACCAAUACAUGUUCAGAAAUACCAGUUACGUUGUAAUGCUUCACUUUUUCUAGGUUACUUCAAUAAUUGAAUAAAAAAGGAUGGUUUCAGUUGC